UGUGCCCAGGUGUGCCCAGGUGCGAUGGCGCUGCCCCGGGUGCAGCUGCAGUGCAAGAACCUGCAGGAGUUCCUGCGGGGGCUCAGCCCCCCCACGCUGGACCGGCUCUACGGGCACCCGGCCACCUGCCUGGCCGUGUUCAGGGAGCUGCCAGGCCUGGCCCAGGCCGGGAUCAUGCGGAUGCUGUUCCUGGAGCAGCCCCUGCCCCAGGCGGCCGUGGGGCUCUGGGUCAAGAAGGAGCACAGCAGGGAGCAGCAGCAGAGCCAGGAGGUGCUGCUGGAGCUGCGCCUGUGGCACCCCCACACCCUCCCGGGGGGGCUCCCGGGGGUCGCCCUGCACCCCAACUUCCGCCAGAACCUGCGGGUGGCGCUGCUGGGGGGGGGCAAGGCCUGGUCGGACGACACGGCCUCGCUGGGCCCGGACCGGCACGCCCGGGACGUGCCCGCGCUGGACAGAUACGCCGAGGAGCGCUGGGAGGUGGUUUUGCACUUCAUGGUGGGGUCCCCGAGUGCGGCCGUCAGCCAGGACCUGGCGCAGCUGCUGGUGCAGGCCGGGCUCAUGAAGAGCGAGGGGGGGGAGCCCCCCUGCAUCACCUCGGCCGGGUUCCAGUUCCUGCUGCUCGACACCCCCGCCCAGCUCUGGUUCUUCAUCCUGCAGUACCUGCGGGGGGCCGAGGCGCGGGGGAUGGACCUGGUGGAGAUUCUGUCCUUCCUCUUCCAGCUGAGCUUCUCCACCCUGGGCAAGGAUUACUCGGUGGAGGGGAUGAGCGAGUCCCUGCUGACGUUCCUGCAGCACCUGCGCGAGUUCGGGCUGGUGUUCCAGAGGAAGCGGAAGUCGCGGCGGUUCUACCCGACCCGGCUGGCCAUCGCGCUGGCCUCGGGGACAGCGGGGACAGCGCCGGGGACAGCGGGGACAGCGCCCGACGGGCACGGCUUCGUCCUGGUGGAGACCAACUACCGCAUCUACGCCUACACAGACUCGGAGCUGCAGGUGGCCCUCAUCGCGCUCUUCUCGGAGCUCCUCUACCGCUUCCCCAACCUGGUGGUGGCCCAGGUGACAAGGGACAGCGUGCAGGCGGCCAUCGCCAACGGCAUCACGGCCGAGCAGAUCAUUCACUUCCUGCGCACCCGCGCCCACCCCGUGAUGGCCAAACAGAGCCCGGUGCUGCCCCCGACCAUCACGGAUCAGAUCCGGCUCUGGGAGCUCGAGCGGGACCGGCUGCGCUUCUCGGACGGUGUGCUGUACAACCAGUUCCUGUCCCAGGUGGAUUUCGAGGUGCUGCGGGACCACGCCCGCGCCCUGGGCGUGCUGGUGUUCGAGAACCCCGCGCGGCGCCUGAUGGUCGUCACCCCCGCGGGCCACCCCGACGUCAAACGCUUCUGGAAGAGGCAGAAACACAACGGCUGACCCCAAAAAAACCCAAAAUCCCCGAAAUCCUGGAGUUCAGGUUCCAAAAAUCCCCGAAAUCCUGGAGUUUGGGGGCCAAAAAUCACCGAAU